AUGCCGAAACGACAGCUUCAACCCACGUCCUCUUCCGCAUCAUCCGGGUCUGCCGCGCCCCCCUCUCGUCAGUAUCGUCGCGUAUCUCAGCCCGCAGCGUCUAAUAACGGCGGAGCCACCAACUCGGUCGACCGUCCGCUCAGCCCGCAGGGCCAGACUGAGGACUAUCAAGCAACCGAGGUCGGGAGCAUAGACGGGGCGCAGGAUGCACUCAUGAGUAGUCUCGCCAGUAUGGGGUUGGAUCAUGACGAGGCCCGAAGCGAGGCUGAGGACGCGACGGAGGAGGGAAUCUUGUCUUGGGCGGCGUCAAUGGCGGGGGAGGCAGAGUCAGACCGGGAAGCUCAGUCGGAGGAGCAGCAAGGGUCUGAGGGUCAAGCAGGGGAGGCGGAGGGAGGUGAAGAUGGGGAUUCGGAUUGGGACGACGAUGAUGACGAUGGAGGUGAUGGGGAGGAUGGUGAGGAGAUGUAUAUCGAGGUCACCGUGGAGGUGAUGCGGGAACUCGAGAAGCGAGAUGCAACCAAGUCUCGGAAGGAGCAAAGAGAGAUAGAAGCCGACGACGAAGCUCUGCGUCGGUGGACUGAAGAGGUACUGGAUAGUCAUUUUGCGAGGUGCUCGGAAGAAAUGGUUGAACUGGCCUACGAGUGUCUUCCAGUGGUCAAGAAGCAAGUCACGAGCCAGUCGAAGGGAUUGCUGCACGUCGUUAAAGGCUCACUCCGGAAAUCCUUCGACUUCAAAAGCAGUCUCCUCUCAUCGCUGCUUAACUGCCGGUACAACGAUCAUCACGGGUCGUCGAGACAAGUCAUCGACAAGGUGCUCGCCGUCAUGCUACAUCACGGGCACGGUACCUUCCGCGAGGCUUUUCGCAAGAUGGCGGACAAUGACACCCUACUCGAUCUUGACCUCAUUAUCAAAGGUGCUGCCCCAGCGAGAGGUGCGAAGGUGACGGGGAUUUAUGUAAGGAAGAUCAAUGCGGCGGUAAAACGGUAUUAUGUUGGCAAAGCCAUCAACAUACAUCGCCGGCAAAUCGCCCAUGACUCGAAGCCUAUCAACAAGCUAGCGAGAGCGGCGACCGACCCAUCGAAACCGCGGUGGCGAGCUCACACCCUGCUCUCUUUCGGCCCAACCAAGCUCGCACAGAUACCCCCGCCCCUUCUGUCCGCGGUCGAGUGCUUGAUCAUCGGUAGUGCUGGACUCAUCACGCGGAAGGACGCGCUGCAAAUCAACCUCAUCGAUCGUGCUCCCCACAAGCUGCCGCGAGUGCAAAAACCGCUGCCGCCAUCAUCGCUGCCGAAGUUGGACAAAAUCUUGGUCCAAUGCUGGAAUGACAUGCAUGGUCGGAUUGAAAGGAGUAAGGCGGCGUUAAAGGAGUACCCCAGAGGGGCCGGAUUUGAGUAUCCACAGGACAAACCUUUCUACCUCACCCCCUACGCGGACGCCGCAGGCGUAUCCUGA